AUGGAUGUGGCUGGAAUUUUAACACUGUUUGGUUUGAAUGAAAAAGAGAGAGAAGUUGAAGAGAGAGAGGUUGAAGAGAAUGCAUGCAAAUACAGAUUCAAUAUUUAUGGUUUCGGUAAAUGCAGAGAAGUAAUUAAGAUUUACCGAUCUGGAUCUGCUUCUGAAAAUAUUGUGCUUGAUUUUGUUAUUGGUGAUUUCACGGAUAUUCUCUUGACAGGCAAUUUGAUUCCUGUUUUUCGUGUGGAAAAUGGAAAGACGAUUUGUAAGAGGAAAUUGUGGAUAGGCUUGAAGAGAAAUGGUGGAGCUUGGCAUGAAGAAACUUGGUAG